AUUUGGCGCCAGAAAACACAACACGACUUUACUGCAGCCUUAUCCAGCGUCUGCGUAGAAAUUGCUCGCAGCUGCAGCUGGUGCCGGUCCUUGGACCGCCUCGGGAACGCUCAGGCUAACUCACCUUCCAACCUAAACGAAUAAGGCUUAAAAAGUGCGCUCACGAGCUUAAAGCGCGGCGAGGGCUCAAGUCAACGCGGGUUCGGAAGCUGGGCACGCGUUACACCAGCCACCCCCCUGUGCUGCCAGAAUGGCAUUUCGGGGCACUAGCACGCCUAAAAUGGUUAGCGGUGUGGAAAUGGGCCACAGCGGCUCAAACGGCGGGCUGACAAACCGGCAGCACCAAGCAGGCGAUGGCGCGGGCCACAAGCCCGCGCACGAUUCUGCCGCGUCGUUGCCACCUAGCGAGCCGGGCUCAAUGCUGGACCUUACGGCGCCGCUGGAGCACGCGACGGGGCUGUUGCGCCGUGUCAUCACUGAGGCGUUUCUGCUGCUGCGCCUGGCGGUUAGGCUGUGGUCCUACCUGGGCAUGGGCUGGAAAUGGUUCGUGCAGUUGAUGCGCCUGGUUCUGUACGCCGCCCUGCUGCUUCCGGGCUUCCUCCAGAUGGUCGUGUUCUACGUCUUCAGCCCUCGCGUGCGUCGCAGUGUGGUGUAUGGCGCCAAGCCCCGCCAGCGCCUGGACCUCUAUUACCCGCCCAGCAGCCGUACGGCAGCACAUGGCAGUGUCCCAGUGGUCAUCUACAUAACAGGCGGCGCGUGGACCAUCGGCUACAAGGCCUGGGGCGCGCUGCUGGGCCGCCGCCUGAGCGAGCAGGGCGUGCUGGUGGCGUGCCUGGACUACCGCAACUUCCCCCAGGGGGACGCGCUCGACAUGCUGGAGGACGUCAACACCGGCAUUUGCUGGGUGCUGCGCCGCGUACACCGCCUGGGCGGCGACCCUGACAACGUGACGCUGGUGGGCCAGAGCGCUGGCGGCCACCUGGCGGGUCUGUCGCUGCUGCGCCAGGCGGAGCAGGCGGCCAGCGGGCGGUCCGCGCUGGGCGCCACUCCGUCCUGGUCGCCGGGCUGCAUCAAGGCGUUUGUGGGCGUGUCGGGCGCGUUCGACCUGGUGGGGCUGGCCGAGCACUUGCACCGCCGCGGCCUGUACAAGAACCUGCUGGACCGAAUUAUGUCACUGACCACCCCCGCGGACGUUAGCAGCACCCGCGGUGGCAAGAAAGUUGCCGUCGCGGGGCCACACCCGCCGCCUUCGCGCACGGCGUCGGGCUGCAGUGAGGGUGGUGCGGGAGGCAGCUACCCUGCCGACGCGGCCGCAGUCGUGACCACCACCAACAGUACCAGCAGUAGUAGCUGUGGGAUGGGUAGCAUGAUCGACAAGGGCGCCGCGAGCGGCAAAGCCGGCGGUGACUCGGAGCCUUCGGCCGGUUCCGGGGCGGGCGAGGGCUCCAUCGCGGUGCAUGUGGGCACCAGGCACGAUGCCAGCGGCUGCAAGGGCGGCGCCGAGCCUGCCUACGACGCGCUGUCGCCCCUGGCGGCCGCCCGCCGCAUGGGCUCCGACGCGGCGGCGCUGCUGCCGGGUGUGCUGCUGGUGCACGGCACUGCGGACAAGACCGUGCCGUGUGAGGGCAGCGCGCGGCUGGCGGAGGCGCUGCAGACUGCCGGCGCCACCCGUCCUGUGCGCUGCUUGCUUGUGCCCGGCAAGACGCACACGGCCUUCCUGCUGGAGGACCCCAUGCGUGGAGGCCGCGACCUGCUCAUGGACUGCGUGCUGGGGGCCGUGCUAGGGGGAGGCGAGGGCGAGGGCGACACGGGCAAGCCGGUUGUGAGCGUGCUGUCGGCCGAAGACGCCGCGCCGCCUGGUGUGAGGCACGUUUACGGUACCCUGUGCCCUGGCUUCCUGUGCGACUGGGCGGGCUGGGUGUGCCCGUUCUGAGCGCCAGCCGGUCAUUCACUCCGAGGCGCGUGCCGAUGACGCUGAUGCGUCCUGAGGGCACCGUUGGGCAGUUGUCAAGGCUGGCCAGAGUGCUGUAUGCAGUCUAUCCAUACCGUCUGAACUACAAUACGCGGAUUGACCCGCUAUGUAUGUUGGAGUGCCAGAGUGCGUGGUCGAGAUGGGGGACUUAGCCGACAUGCGUGACGUUCAUCAGGCGGGCACUGCAGCGCAUGUGAAAGGAGCGUGUAGGGUAUAGACUAGCAGCACGCUUCGCUGAGGUAUGCCAAAUAGAGCAGCUGGCAUUUCGUGUGACUACACUGCGCAUGCCCUUCGUGUAGAGCGGGUUAUUCUUGCAGUGGCAUUUUGAUUACGUUUGUACUCGCCUGACACGAUCCUGGUCAUCGGCAUUCUUUCUUUGAGGUAUCGCUUAUUGCGUUAGUACUGGGUAUGGCUGACUACGCCAACGAGUAGUGUCGGUGGGGUGCGGCUGCCUGACAGCCAUUGCUGCAGGUGGCUGCCUGGAGCAGAACGCGCGACAUGUGUGUGUACGGUAGCCUCGCCGUUUCUUGUCUGGUAGCCUUGGGUCGAUGUUGAUUGACGUUCUUGGGUUCCAUGUGGGCAGGGUGUGCUGGAGUCCUGGUAGGAGAGGUGGGGAGUGCCUGAAGGCAGGAUGAGGCGGCUCUGUGCGCCUGUGCGAGUUCGGUGUAGGUGACGCUAGGUGGCUCAGGAGUUAGGGGGGUUGUGGCUUAGGGGGAUGUGCGGCCGAGCACAGUGCGGUUCGCAACGCCAGAGCAGACCUCCGUGCGGAGCGUUGCGGGAGUCUGUAUUGUUGCACAGAGUAGCGCAUGAUGCGGCAUGCACGGGCAAACGGCAUUUUGCUGAAUCAGAGAAUUCAACCCGCCUGACUAGUUCACACAGCUGCUGGAGUCGUACGAAUUGCGCGUGGGCUGCGGCAGUUGGGCAGUCAGGCCCCAAUAGUCGCGCAUGCACCUGCUGGGCUGGGCCCGGAGUUGUGCACUUUGGUGCAAUAUCGGCUACUUAACCCGGACUUGUGACGCGGGGGGCCUUGACAUUGCGUCGCCAAGCCUUGACUUUGCCAAGCUGUGAUAGCGCCAGUCAUAUGGAGUGACACAUAAUUUAUCUGCAACACCCUUCG